AUGUCCGAAUACACGUCGAUAUCUACCCAGCCGGAGCUCAUAAUUAUCCAGCCAGAGCACAAACUCAAGAAUAAGUUUGAGUUAGAUGAAAACAUUUGCAUUAUUCUAACAUGUCAUUAUCAUGCCUUAAAUAAUUUGUAGCAAUUUUCAUUCAUGUAUGUUCUCCAAUCAUAAUAACCAAUUUGAAUUUGAAUUCAUUCAUUGAAUCCCAAGUUGAUGGAGUGGGUGGCGAAUCGUUGGACAGGCGUAGCAGCAGCGAUAUGGAUCCAGUGGAGCUGCGGUGCAUCCUACACCUUCAGCAUCUACUCCCCAAUCCUCAAAUCCACACAAGGCUACGACCAAUCCACUCUCGACACCGUCUCCGUCUUCAAAGACAUCGGAGCCAACUUCGGCGUCCUCUCCGGCCUCCUCUACUCCGCCGUCACUCCCUACUCCAACCGCCGUGACACCAAAUGGACCUCCUCACUCGCCGGACCCUGGAUUGUUGUUGCCGUUGGCGCCGUCCAGUGCUUUGUUGGCUUCUUCUUCAUCUGGGCCGCCGUCGUCGGGCUGAUCGACCCGCCGCCGGUGCCUGUUAUGUGCUUCUUCGCCUGGCUUGCGUCUAAUGGCCAGACGUUCUUGAACACUACCAACGUCGUCACUGGUUUGCGCAAUUUUCCCCAAUUUAGUGGCACCAUCAUUGGUAUCAUGAAGGGCUUUCUUGGGCUCAGUGGAGCUAUCCUGAUUCAGCUGUAUCACACAUUUUGUGAUGGUGACCCUGCUACUUACCUUUUGAUGCUUGCUUGCCUACCUGCUUUCAUUUGUGUGUUGCUCAUGUUUCUGUUGAGGAUCUAUGAAGUGCACGGGGGUGAUUACAAGAAGCAUUUGGAUAGUUUCUCCGUGGUCACGAUGAUUAUUGUUGCCUAUCUCAUGUUCAUAAUAAUUUUGCAAAACUUUGUGACUUUAUCAUAUUGGGCGCGGAUGUUUGUAUUUGUGUUACUUGUGGUUCUACUAGCAUCGCCUUUUGGCAUUGCUGUCAAAGCCCAGUGGGAGGAGUCGCGGGAACUCGCCGCCGCUUCAAUGGAAUAUCAACAGCUGCCUAGUGAUGAGGGGGGAGCACAGGUGGGUCCAGAUGAUGUGAUGCCACGUGAAGAAGAAAAGAACCUCUUGCAAGCUAUGUGCACGGUUGAAUUCUGGAUGUUGUUUGUGACCAUGAUAUCAGGAUUGGGUUCUGGGCUUGCAACUAUAAAUAAUAUGAGCCAAAUUGGGGAAUCUCUUGGGUAUAGUACUAUUGAGAUUAAUAAUUUGGUGUCACUUUGGAGCAUGUGGAAUUUCCUUGGCCGUUUUGGAGGUGGUCACGUAUCGGAUUAUAUCAUGCACAAAAGAGGUUGGCCUAGGCCCCUGUUGAUGGUUGUAACUCUAGGGGUAAUGAUUAUUGGCCAUGUAGUUAUAGCUUCUGGUUUCCGUGGGAAUUUGUAUUUGGGUCCUGUUCUGGUGGGCAUCAGCUAUGGUGCACAUUGGUCCUUAAUGCCUACAAUCACUUCUGAGAUAUUUGGUGUGAAGCAUAUGGGUACCAUUUUCAAUACUAUUGCUGCAGCAAGCCCAAUUGGGUCUUAUAUACUUUCUGUGAGAGUUGUUGGAUAUAUUUAUGACAGGGAAGCUAUUGAAGAAGAUAACUCAUGCUUUGGCAUCCACUGUUUCAUGUUGUCAUUUUUUAUUCUGGCUGGUGUGGCUUUUCUUUCAUUUUUGGUUGGUCUGGCAUUGUACUUCCGGACACAAAAGUUCUAUAAGCUAGUUGUUCUUAGAAGAUUAAAACAUUAUGCACGAUGAUGAAGGAAACUUUGCUAAGCUCUAUGCCAUUUUAAUAUUUUCAAAUCUCACUAUAAAUUUCUCUUCUGUACUUAAUGUUCCAUCUUCAUUUAAUGUGUUUGAAGGAAACUUUGCUGAGCUCUAUGCCAUUUUGAAGGCAACUGACAAGGUUUGUAAUCCUCCCACACGAGUAUGGCUCAGAUUGCCAGAAGUUCAUAGAUAGCUCUUUUCAUGCCCUCAAAGACACACUAUUCUUAGCAUUCUUAUAUCUGGGGUGCCUGCCACCAUGCUGCUGCUGCUGCUGUCACCUCUGCUUUCACCUCUGUUACUUUAAAAGAUGAAAGAAUGGAUUGCACGGUUAGCUAAGAUGGGAGCAGCAGAGUCAGCAGAACAACAGGCUCCACACCUUCACUUUGAUCUUGAGUCUUCUUACAAUUCCUUUAUGGUAGCUCUGUCCAAUGCACUAGCAUGAUUGAAUGAGGGUAUGCUUGUUAAUAAAUUUAUUUACUGGUAGUUUUUGUUUUUUUUUUUCCCUUUUUUUAUUGUAUUUGUUGUUGAGGAAUUGGCUAUUGGUGAAAACUUACAUAUUUUAAAGGCUGUACUCUUACAUAUUA